GGCCGCCUCUUGGGGGCGGGGCAGGGCAGGAGCUGUCCUAUCCUACUAGCCCCGGGACUCCAACCCGGAACUAGCUUCGGCUCCCUUGGGAAGGCCGCGGCGCCUGGCCGGGAGUGGAAGCCUGGGCCGUGAGUUUGGGCCACGGGGGCCAGGCUGCGGACAGAGGGACGCCCUCCUCUCCCAAGGGGCCCGGGUCAGGUGCGCCCUUGGCGGGAGGUUGCACAGCCUGGAAAGUACAGGGGCCCCUGUCCUGGCUGGACCAUGGCUCCUCCGCGGAACGUGGUGAAGAUCGCCGUCCAGAUGCGUGACGCCAUCCCGCAGCUCAUCCAGCUGGACCAGGCAAAGCCCCUGGCCGCUGUGUUGAAGGAGGUGUGCGACGCGUGGAGCCUGGCUCACUCUGAGCGCUAUGCCCUGCAGUUUGCUGAUGGCCACAGGAGAUAUAUCACUGAGAACAACCGCGCAGAGAUCAAGAAUGGCAGCAUCCUGUGCCUCAGCACUGCCCCAGACCUUGAGGCUGAGUUGCUGUUGGGUAGGCUGCAGAGUGGGAGUCGUGAAGUGCGCCGAGAAGCCCUGCAACACCUCGUCCUGCUGGCCCCAGACAUGACCUUUGCUCAGGAAGUCAUCAGCCGUGAUGGGCUUCAGAGACUAGGCACCAUCAUUGAGGAUGGGGAUGACCUAGGGGAGGUGCUGGCUCUCACACUGAGGACCUUCUUGGAGCUCAUGGAGCACGGUGUGGUGUCCUGGGAGACGCUCAGCAUCCCCUUUGUUAGGAAGGUGGUGAGCUAUGUGAACAUGAACUUGAUGGAUGCAUCUGUGCAGCCCCUGGCCCUCAGGCUGCUGGAGAGUGUGACCUUGAGCAGCCCUGCCCUGGGCCAGUUGGUCAAGAGCGAGGUGCCACUGAGUAGGCUGCUGGUGCACCUACAGGUGAUGAACCAGCAGCUGCAAACCAAGGCCAUGGCACUGCUGACAGCCUUGCUGCAGGGGGCCAGCCCUGCUGAACGUAAGGACAUGCUUGACCAGCUGUGGCAGAGAAACCUUCGCCAGUUCAUCUACAAGAACAUCAUCCAUAGUGCAGCACCCCUGGGCGACGAGAUGGCUCAUCACUUGUACGUACUGCAGUCUCUUACACUGGGGCUGCUGGAGCCACGUAUGCGGAUGCCACUAGACCCCUAUAGCCAGGAGCAGCGGGAGCAGCUGCAGGCCCUGCGCCAGGCUGCCUUUGAGCCGGAGGGGGAGUCCCUGGGCACUGGGCUGAGUGCUGACCGUCGCCGAUCCCUCUGUGCCCGCGAAUUCCGCAAACUGGGCUUCUCCAACAGCAACCCUGGGCAGGACCUAGAGCGUGUACCCCCCGGCCUGCUGGCCCUGGACAACAUGCUCUACUUCUCCAGACAUGCACCCAGCGCCUACAGCAGGUUUGUGUUGGAGAAUAGCAGCCGAGAGGACAAGCACGAGUGCCCCUUUGCCCGGAGCAGCAUCCAGCUGACCGUCCUGCUGUGUGAGCUGCUCCGAGUCGGGGAGCCCUGCUCCGAAACAGCCCAGGACUUUUCGCCCAUGUUCUUCGGCCAAGACCAGAGCUUCCAUGAGCUCUUCUGUGUGAGCAUUCAGCUGCUGAAUAAGACCUGGAAGGAGAUGCGGGCCACACAGGAGGACUUUGACAAGGUCAUGCAAGUGGUGCGGGAGCAGCUGGCCCGCACGCUGGCCCUGAAGCCCAGCUCUCUGGAGCUCUUCCGAACCAAGGUGAACGCGCUCACCUACGGGGAGGUGCUGCGGCUGCGGCAGACUGAGCGGCUGCAUCAGGAGGGCACACUGGCCCCUCCCAUACUGGAACUACGGGAGAAGCUGAAGCCAGAGCUCAUGGGCCUAAUCCGCCAGCAGCGUUUGCUCCGCCUGUGCGAGGGGACACUCUUCCGCAAGAUCAGCAGCCGGAGGCGCCAGGACAAGCUGUGGUUUUGCUGCCUAUCCCCCAACCAUAAGGUGCUGCAGUAUGGGGAUGUGGAGGAGGGUGCCAGCCCACCUCCCCCUGAGAGCCUGCCUGAGCAGCUCCCUGUGGCCGACAUCAGGGCACUACUGACAGGCAAGGACUGCCCCCACGUCCGGGAGAAGGGCUCCGGGAAGCAGAACAAGGACCUCUAUGAGUUAGCUUUCUCAGUCAGCUAUGACCGCGAGGAGGAGGAGGCGUACCUCAACUUCAUUGCCCCCUCCAAACGGGAGUUCCACCUGUGGACAGAUGGGCUGAGUGCCCUGCUGGGCAGUCCCAUGGGCAGUGAGCAGACACGGCAGGACCUGGAGCAGCUGCUGACCAUGGAGACCAAGCUGCGGUUGUUGGAGCUGGAGAACGUGCCCAUCCCUGAGAAGCCACCCCCCAUCCCCCCACCCCCCACCAACUUCAACUUCUGCUAUGACUGCAGCAUCGCUGAACCUUGACAGUGAGGUUGGCCAAGGACCACAGCUGCUGUCACUCCAGUGGCCACAGAGGGUGGAGGGUGGAGAAGCUCAGACAUCCUGAUCAGCAGAGGCUUCAGCAGAAAUAAAGUCUGCUUGGCUCUUU